AUGUCGCACACCGGGCGCAGCACGUCGCACAUUGAGGACCCACAGCAUGACGAAACCCAACCAUCUGUGCACGCUCGACAGAGACGUAGAAUCGCCGAACUGGAGGACAAGUUGAUGGCUCUCGAGUCGGGGCGCGCUGUAAAGGACAGGCAGGUGAACUACUAUAUGGCUCAAGGACGAGCCUUCAGACGCGUUGUCUCCUUAUUCGAUAACAUUCAGGAUCUUGUCGCCGAAAACGACAGGAGAUACGAUCUCGAGGAUGGGGAGACUUCUGUUGAUCAAGAUCGGCUUCAGGCAGGGUACAUCACCCUAAUGAACACCUUCCCGUGGCUCUACGAGAAGAAUUCAGAUAUGGAUCAUGGUGACUACAUAGGUAUGGUAAAAAUGCUUAGGCUUGGGGCUGAUAGCGCUCGAGGAGAUGAUACCUCCAAGCUGAAAACACUCGUUUCCGAAUGGGUCAACCGCGAAUUCAAGCCAGAUCCCCCAGUCGACAUGGACGAUAAACAUACCCGAGGAUUCAUCAAUGAUGCGUGCGGCAAGCUGCUGUGUCCGACUGAGCUUGAUUGGACCAACCCAAUUGUAAAAGCGGGCAUUCGAGACCGUGCAGAGGGAUAUAUUGUGACGGAUCUUUCUUUUCCAGCUUAUUUAUAUGAAAAGUACACUGCCAAUUCGGAUAAUUUGGAAGAUGGUCUUUUCAAGGGGAAAAUUUUGAUACAGAGCUACAAAGCUGUUUUCACGUCUCCGUCGUCAGCAAAGGAUGUUGAAGGUGACGGUGAUGGCGCAGAUGUCAUUGAAAACAACAGACGCGCGAAGAAGGCUGUUUCAGGAAUCAAGGUCAAGAAACAUGUUGCACAAAUCAUUCAGAUGAACAAGGUCACCCCUCGCUCAAUUGCAUAUAUUGCUUGUCAAGUACGAUUCGCACUCUCGUCCGUUAACUCGUGGCGAUCUGUCGAUGGCGAUUUCGACUAUAUACAAUUCUGGAAGACCGUUGUGGACUUCUUCGAGAAGCCUCCUGGUCGAGAUGCACAGCGCAGGGUCAACAAACUGCUCGAAUGGUGGACUAGGAAAGUUUUCGGACGGAGUCACCGUGCGAACCUUACUGACGAAGCGAGGGCUAAGAUGUCCGUGAAUGCCCUUGCAAGGCAGAGGGCGCAAAUCGACAAUGCCCUCUUCGACUCAGACUAG